UGACCCUCGCGGCGCGAUAGCCCUCCCCCGCGGGGUCGCGGAGGAGACGGUAGACGUCGUCGGCGGCGACAGUCUCCGCGACGGAGGUCUUCGAGCGAUGGUGUACAAGAAGGGCUCGCCGUCCAGCCUGCCGGGGCUGUGGAAGUACCCCAGCUUCCGCAACGAGUCGCUCAUCUCGGGCCAGCUCUGGCUCCAGGGCAAGCGGGAGGACGACGGCGCCGAGGGGCUGUGGCGGGUGCACGACGACCUCUACGACCUGUCCGGCUGGCUGGACCAGCACCCGGGGGGCGCCAUGUGGCUGCAGCUCACCAAGGGCACGGACAUCACCGAGGCGUUCGAGUCGCACCACGUCUCCGAGCUGCCGGAGAAGAUGCUGGGCGGGUUCCGGGUGCGAAGCGCGCGCACCAGGCGCAACUCGCCCUACUCGUUCCGCGAGGACGGCUUCUACCGCACGCUGAAGCGGCGCGUGCGGCGCGAGCUGGCCGGCAUGCGACCCUCCUGGCCGCACCCGUCCAAGCUGCUCAUCGACCUGCAACUGGCCGCCACGCUGGGAGCAGCCGCGCUCGCCGCCGCCAGGGACAGCUACCUGCUGGGCGCGCUCGCCGGCCUCUUCCUCGCAUUCCUCGUCGUCAUGGCGCACAACUUCGUGCACCUGCGCGACAACUUCCGCAUGUACUACUUCGACCUCUGCCUCAUGUCCUCCAGGGACUGGAGAAUAACUCACGCUCUUAGUCACCAUCUGUACCCAAACACACUUCUGGACCUGGAAGUCACCCUGAUGGAACCGUUGUUGGAGUGGCUGCCGUAUGAGACGAAGUCUACGACCCAGAGAUAUAUCUCUUGGCUAUACAGUCCACUUCUCUACAGCUACCUGUUUCAUGGACAGCUUGUACUCAGGUUGACGCUAUUCUUCCACGGGUACCUCGACGUCCUACGAAAGAGCGACGCAAUCGCGUUGAUCCUGCCGGCUGUGAUGUACUUCCUGGGAGGCGCUGGCUUCCUCCAGACACUCCUUAUGUGGUCUUGGAUCAUACUCACGGCAAGCUUCUUCUUCGGCGUGAUCGGCAUCAACGGGGCGCACCACCACCCCGACGUCUUCAUGGACGGCGAUGCACCCAGGGAGGACACGGACUGGGGCCUGGCGCAGCUGGACACGCUGAAAGACCGCACGGACGUGUCUCGCAACCUGUUCCUGGCGCUGACGCAGUUCGGCCACCACUACCUGCACCACCUGUUCCCCACCCUGGACCACUGCGUCCUGGGGGAGCUCUACCCGGCGGUGGAGCGCACCUUGGCCGAGUUCGGCGAGAAGUACGACACCACCACGGUGUGGGACAUGCUGAGGGGCCAGUUCGUGCAGCUGGCGAGGACCAGCCCGAACGUGCGGCCCGCCGGCUACAAGAGCAGUGCCAAGGCCGCCUAGCUGCUUCCAGCUACUGCUAGCCGUCACAUCGCACAUUUCUAAUAAAAACUAACAAAUAAAUAACCUCACUGGUUUAAUAAUACCUAGAGACACGGAAAUUUCGCGCUUUCAUUUAGUCGCAAGUUAGAAUGCAAACCUUCACACUCUCGCACUGUGUUCAUGAUUGGACCGCAGUUAUUUGGACACGCCCCUCUACGACCAUGAGCCAACGACGCCCAGCCAGGAGAGAAGUAAGCGAAUCGGGUAGUGCCGAUUAACAAGCAUAAACAUGCCCUCGCUAAGAAAUCAACCAAUGGGAAAGCGAACAUGGGUUGAGUACACCUAUUACCUUAUAUUCUACUUUGAAGCCAGAUGAAUCUGCGAAAUUUCCGGGUCUCUAAUAAUACCUCAAUUUGUGCGUUAAAAGGUAAUUAUUUGUAGAAACAGAUUAUGUGUGUCUAUACAAAUAUUUAUAUGUAGGAAGGCAUAUAAAUGGGCAUUCUAUUAAAAUAAUAAUAAUAAUAAA